AUGGCGAAAACUGCGCUGUCUCGGUUCUUCCACCAAAUCAACAAGUCAAAUUGGGAAGUUUUUCAAGAUAAAGGGUAUACACGCAUUGCUUACAUUGGAACUUCCGUAUCCAAUCUUGCGAAGCUGGUCGAUGAGGUAGGGUUUGAUGCCUCUUCUCUACAUUUCCCCUUUCCAUCGGUACGACCUACUAUGCCAUGGAAGCCGUCUCCAGCAAUGCCAUUAAUUCAGUGGUACUCAAACUCAUUUGUCGACGACCUCAGUGCCUUACCGAUACAUAAGGUGAGAGAUGAGUUAGUUGAGUCCUUCUUUAGCAAAAUCCAUCCUGGCUUCCCUAUCGUUGAUGAAUCGGAAUUUCGAAGACAGUACAGGAGUCUUGACAACCCUCCGCCCCUUCUACUAUUUCAGGCCGUCCUCCUCGCUGGAGCUCAUGUCAGUGAGCAUCCCAACAUUUUCCCUCGGAGAUCUCAAGUUAAGAAGGUAAUCUAUCGAAGGGCCAAGGCAUUGUUUGACUUGCAUUAUGAGAAUGAUCGUAUGCACGUUGUGCAAGCCGCCUUGCUUUUUAUGUUCUACCUUGAGGGCGCCGAUGACAUUUGUUCGAACGUUUACUAUUGGGCCGGGGUUGCGUGUCGCGUUGCAUUUGGACUCGGGAUGCACCGUGAUCUAGCUACAGCACUCCCAAUAUUAAUGCCUAAGCAAGAUCGAAGGAUCUAUAGAAGAAUCUGGUGGACCCUGUUCCAAGUCGAAGUGUUGUCAAGUCUGCACCAUGGAAGACCGUCCAUGAUAGAUUUGGAUGAGAUUGAUCAAACCCCACUGCAGACAGACGAUUUCGUUGAGCAGAAUGGCCAAGUGAACGGGAAAGUCGAUAUUGAUUAUUGUAUCCAAAAUACUCAACUUUGUCAUAUCAUGAUAUCCAUCAUCAAGCUUUCCAGUCCAGGAGCAGUUCGAAGAUAUGCUACAUCCCCCGAAUCCUUUCAGGUGUCACAAGAAAGCGUCGACAGAAAACUCGUAUCAUGGUAUCUCAACUUACCGACGGCUUUGGCCGAGCCGAUAGAGAAGUCCAAUACCAAAAGAUUCUGGGCGUUGCAGCUUCAGUUACAUUACAACCUAGCACUGUUACAUCUUCACCGCUUGCCAGAGGAAUUAUUCCCCCAUGCCGAUCCGGUCCAGAAGUUGAACUCCAACGUCACAUGCCAAGCGGCUGCCACUGCCAUUUCAAAGCUUUUCGACGAUAUAAUAGCUGCAAAUGCAAUUUCUAUGUGUUGGUUUACGGCGCUGACCUCAUUGUUUGCGACUGCUCUCCAGAUCAGUCACGAGGCUCGAACUGCUGCACGAAACAGGGCGGCAAUUCUUGCAAUUCAGGCUCAAACUCGACUUCGACAGGUCCUUCCUGCGAUCUCAGCAGUAUCGCCAUAUUGGCCAAGUGCAGAAGCCAUCCUGCACGUAUACAACGAUUUGCUAGUGCAAUUCCAAAAACAGUCGCAAGCAACGUCCAACGUUCAAUACGACCUGCACAGUGGGCUAAGCAGUAGACGUGAUGAACUGACGAUCACCCAGGCUAGCGACCACAAUGCUAUGUUGGUGGAGAACAACGACAGUUUGGGAAUUGUGGGAGUCUCGGGCACUGACUGGCAAGCUCUGUUCGGAGCCGGAUCCCCUCAUCGCUUCCCUGAGCUUGACUUUGAAGGCGUAGAUGAAUGGUUAUACCCUUCCUGA